AUCACAUGCUUGGCUCUUGCACACCACACUGUUGUUGAUUGUGUGCGCUUUGAUCUGGGUGCAUCUGACAUGCAGUAGUUUCUUUCUUGUUAAGGGAAGCAUGAACUUGCAGAGAGAUACGCUGCAUGAUUCACACCGUUGCUGAGUCAAAAGAGCUCCAGUGAUCUGCACAAGCAGGCGUGGAGGACAGUGGGAUAGUGUCAGUCAGCUGAUCGCAGUCUGUUCUGCUAGAGAGGAGUUCUCCUUUCCUCAAACCGCAGCAGCUUUUGGAAGUUACACUUGACCCUUCAGAUGUACACCGCAGAACUUACUGUGAAGAUUUAGGUGAGGCACAGAGUCAACCAUUGUUUUGCUGAGCACACUGAGCACAUUUAAAGAAGAAGAGAACUGGAAGAGAGGAGAAAAGAAAAGAGAGAGGGUGGCCUGCCUAAUGGCAGAGAGCUGGAUGUCCCAGUGAGGUCAGGUCGGACGGGAGGUCAUGGGGUCGUCUACGCUAGGGAAAGCUGCUUCUCUGGAGCUACUGCUGGAAGCCUGCAUUCAUGCGUUUGAUGAUGAAGGAGAGCUGCAUGAAAAUCAGUUCCCCAGAACCCUUCUGCUGAUGCACCGCUGGUAUGUGUCCUCCACCGAGCUCGCUGGGAAACUUCUCAUUAUGUAUCGUGACUGUCGGGGAGAUGACUGCCAGCGGACACGACUGAAGAUCUGCUAUUUAAUGAGGUACUGGAUAGCUGAAUUCCCUGCAGAGUUUGAUCUGGAUCUAGGUUUGAUCCGUCUUACUGAAGAAUUUCGAGAUGCAGCUGCUCAGCUGGGUGGUGACGAGCACAUUAAACUACUUGACAUUUCUACAAUACCCUCAUAUGACUGGAUGCGUAAACUGACUCAGCGAAAGAAGCAGGUGAAGAAGGGUAAAGCGUCACUCCUGUUUGAUCAUCUGGAACCCAUUGAGUUGGCCGAACACCUCACCUUCUUAGAGUACAAGUCCAUCAGGAGGAUAUCGUUCACAGAUUACCAGAGUUAUGUGAUUCAUGGCUGUCUAGUAGAUAACCCCACAUUAGAGCGCUCCAUCGCUCUGUUUAACGGGAUCUCGCAGUGGGUUCAACUGAUGGUCCUCAGUAAACUCACCCCUCAGCACAGAGCAGAGGUCAUCAAUAAAUACAUCCAUGUUGCACAGAAACUGCUCCACCUAAAGAACUUUAACACGCUGAUGGCUGUGGUCGGGGGUCUGAGUCACAGCUCUAUUUCCCGCUUGAAGGAAACUCAUUCUCACCUCAGCCCAGAGGUCACAAAGAUCUGGAAUGAAAUGACAGAGCUGGUUUCGUCAAAAGGCAAUUACUGUGCUUACCGCAAAGCCUUCAGUGAAAGCGAAGGGUUUAAGAUCCCAAUCCUAGGUGUUCAUCUGAAGGAUCUGAUCGCCGUGCACGUGGUCUUCCCGGAUUGGGUGGAGGAUGGGAAAGUGAACAUCGUGAAGAUGCAGCAGCUGUAUCUCACCUUUAAUGAGCUGGUGUCUCUGCAGAGCGCCGUGGCUCAGGUGGAGCCCAACAUGGACCUGAUCUAUCUGCUCACUCUGUCCUUGGAUUUGUACUACACAGAGGAUGAAAUUUAUGAGCUGUCCCUUCUAAGAGAACCGCGUAACCCCAAAUCUCAGCCCACGUCACCCACAACACCCAACAAACCUCUGGCUCCGCUGGACUGGGCCUCUGGGGUCACCACCAAACCAGAUCCCUCGUUGGUCAACAAACACAUCAGGAAAGUCGUGGAUUCUGUCUUUCGUAACUACGACCACGACCAUGACGGAUACAUAUCUCAGGAAGACUUUGAGAGUAUCGCUGCAAAUUUCCCUUUCCUUGAUUCCUUCUGCGUGCUUGAUAAAGACCAGGAUGGAUUGAUCAGUAAGGAUGAGAUGAUGGCGUAUUUCCUGCGUGCCAACCCGCUGCUGCAGUGUAAGAUGGGGCCUGGAUUUAUUCACAACUUCCAGGAGAUGACUUACCUGAAGCCAACGUUCUGUGAACACUGCGCCGGAUUUCUCUGGGGAAUUAUUAAACAAGGAUACAAGUGCAAAGACUGUGGUGUGAACUGCCAUAAACAGUGUCGCGAGCUGCUGGUUUUGGCGUGUCGACGUCUCCCUCGAUCCACAUCACUGGGCAAUGUGUCUCCUGGAGUGCUUACACACAGCUCUUUACCCAGCAGCCCCAACCUGCCCACCUGUAAAGAUGACGAUGAGGUGUUUACGUUCCCUGCCAUGUCGCCGUCAUCAGGAUCUGACCUGGAAGGAAAGUCCAUCACCCUGAUGACCGGUUCAGCCCAGCGCAUCUCAGUGCGGCUACAGAGAGCCACCACCAGUCAGGCCACACAGACAGAACCCCUGUGGCCUGAAAACGGCUGGGUGGCCGUCGCAGACAGCGGGUCGCACACCUUCCCCAAAAUGAGGUACAGGCCACACCGCAAACCUUCCAAGAGCAAAGGCUUUGCUCGAUGGGAGAAUGACACACAGAAUUCGGCAGCGACGAGGAACAGCAGGAACUCACAGGAGCAUGGCGAAGAGUCACAGCAGAAUGGACUCGCAGAACAACAUCUGAACAAAACCAGGACCUCUGAGAUCAGCUGACUUGACUGCUCUGUGGGCCCAUGCAGGACACCCUGGAGCCUGUCAGGACCUCGGCCCAGAGGGCUGUCCGCUUUAGGGGGCGUGCUGGGGUGCCUCAUGCCUCCAGUGGAUCAGGAAUAGGGCUACUAUUUCUACAGCCACUGUAAAAGAGGGGCGGCAGGCAACCCGCUGAGUGAACUGGGGGAAGGGCUGCAUCAAUGGAAAGGUCUCGGACUAAACAGGGAGUGACUGCGAUGUGCUGUCCUGUAACAGACAGGUUGGAAACCUAACUGAGAAUCACUGGAAGCUGAUGUGACGGAUACAUCAGCGUGAUAAUAGAUGCGCGAGCAAGAGUAUUUAAGGUAUGCCGUUGACGUGUUUUCGACGCACGCUCUGAAUUGCAUUCUCCAAAAAACACUACUCAGAAAGGACACAGUGGAUGUGAAGGUUAUAUUCAGGUUGUCUGAAGUCGAAAGUGGAACUGGAACAAGUUACGGAGGGAAAGAUGAAGAUGAAUGUGUGUAUGAUUGAACAUUAAAACACUAACUUCAUUUAUGUGUUACCCAGCAACACAUUAUGAUCUGAAGUGGAAGGUACGUCGAGUUUUAAAACCCUUUACCCCAAAUAUAAUUAUAAAAAAAAACCACCUACGCUCUUUUCUCCAAUGGUUUGCACCACAGUUGUGUCUCCUGUGCUUGAGAAACGGCAGACAAGUCCAUGAAGUAACCUCUGACCUUAUGCAUCAUUACAUCAGCACUGCUUAGCAACAUUGAUAGCUAUGUAAGGUUGAAAUGAUCUUCAUAUAUACAUGAAUUCAAAGACUUCAGUUCCGCCGACACAGGUGUGCCGUCAACCAGGUGUUUAUAUGGCCUCUGUUGCUAAGCGGCAGAUGAGUCCAUCGAUAGUCUGUCGCCAAGGCAACACACACGUCCUUCAGCGCCAUAUGUUCUGAAAUAAGUUUGACACCCAGACAUCUCAGCUCAGUUAGAGCCCAACAGGUUCAGACGAGCCUCAUACAAUCAGUUUUGCAGAUGCUGUGUGUGACAGAGAGAGAGAAAGAGGGGGUCAGAAACCACACAGGUGGAUCAAUAGAUCUACUAAGACAAACAGUGAUUAUAGUGAGUCUUUCAGCCUAUAGGAUUAGUUGCUCUUCUGGCACCACAAAUGCAGAUUUAAAGAGACAGUUGCCCAAAAAAAAACAAAAAAACAACAACAUUCUGUCAGUAUUUACUCACCCUCUUUGUAUCUAAAAUGAGUUUAUUUUUUGUAUUUAUUGUGGAAAACAAAAGGAUUUUUUAGCAUAAUGUCUGCACUUUUUUCAUACAGUGAAAGUGAAUAGUGACCAUGUCAGCUUAUGGUCUCGUUAGUUCUAGGGCUGGGCGAAAGGAUUAAAAAAAAAUGAUCACGCUAAUAUUUUUUAUAUCAGUCGAUAUCGAUAAUUAUCACAAUAAAUUUCAACUCUUUAUUUCUUUCAAGUUUAAAGACAGAUUUAAAGAAGUUAAAGAAAGCUACAGAAACCAGAUUGUUAAUUGUGGUUUUAAGCUACGCUUUAUGGUCAUGGUUCUGAAUUCUUUACACUUUCCCAGCCGUUUUUCCUUAACAAAAUAAAUAUCUUAAUAGAAUUUUUUUUUUUUUUUUAGUUUCUGCAUGUUUUAAGGAGUGAUAUUGUUUCAAAUCAUGAACAGGUUUGUGUUCCCUGACUUUCAUGAUGCAUAUCUUCAGCACAGUCUGCAAUAUUAAUAAUAUUGCCCUUUUUUUCUCUCUUGGAAAUGCACAUUUGACAGUAGAUUGAGUUGACAGUAGAAGUAGCUUGAGUUAGGAUGCAAAUGUAACUUUAUGUUCAUUAUCAAAAACAGUAACCUCUGCAAAAAUUGUAAUAACCUCAUUUUUAUAUGGUGAAAUGUAAUUAUUUUAAGUUUUAUUAAAAUUAACUUGAUUUUCCAUAGUAGCACAUGUUUAGAUCAUGACUACGGUUAAAACCACAUAUAGCGCCUCAAUACCAUGGUAAAAAUGUAACUAUAUGGUAUUUGUGUGGGAAAAAAACAGUAGUCUAAAUACAUGUAGUAUAAAUACACAAAUCCUAUCCACCUUAUUUUUCAAUGAAGAAAUGAGCCGUUUUCAGUGAAAGUGCAAGACUUCUGGUUCAUUAGCCACUAACAGGAGAAUAACAAAGUGCAGUAAACGGUAAAACUGUUUGCGCUACAAACCAGUGUGCUCAUAAUUUGGAUAAUACUAAAUAAUAUCAUUAGACACACCAGUUUGAAAUCAAGCAGCAAACCGAGCAGUUUUGUACAGUUAAAAAUAGCUAGAAGCGAUGUUUCGUCUAUCUUUAAACUAGUUUAAAUCACCGAGUCAUUUGCUUUCUUUGCUGAAUUCAAGCCCUUCACACUGACUGGAUCUCAACCAGGGUUGCCAAGUUUUAACAACAAAAUCUUCCCCAUUGCUACCUAAAACUAGCCGAAUCGCGUUUUGGAGAGAGUCCCCCAGUAAAAAUUGUGUUCCGGGGGGGUAAAAUACAAAAAAAAUUGGUAAAAAUCACGUUAUUGGGGGCGCUUCAACCCGAGGCAACAGUGUUGAAGUAGCCCGAUUCCGCGGUAAAAGUAGCCCAAUUCCGCGGGAAAAGCGCAGACUUAUAGCGCGAUAAUUGACGUUAUCAUUUAUCGCCUUAUCCCCCAGCCCUACGACUUGGUUUCCAUUCACUUUCAUUGUAUGGUAGAUAGCAGCUUAAAAGAAGUCUUCAAAAAAAGGUCAUAUGGUUUGAAACAACAUGGGAGGAAUUAGUAAUGAUUACAGAAUUAAUGUUAUUAAUACCAGUGGCUGCUAAUAAUGAUAUCCUGAAGCAGCUGAGAAACAUGUCUGUCAUCUGAAGCCUUCAUGUGUACUGCUGAAAAUGCUUAUCUGUUGCCAUAGUCAUUAGAGUAUUAUUCUAAAACUGUGCUAAUGACUCUUCUCAUCUGUUAUGUCUAAUAUGAUGCAUGUGUAUCUGUAGUGCUAGUUAGCAUUCAAACAGUCAGAUAUCAGAAGAGAGGUGUUAAAGGCACAUGCUAAUUUAAAUUUUGAUUUGAUGCAGCGUAUAAAGCAUACUACUGAAAGGGAUAGUUCACCCAAAAAUUAGGAUUCUGUCAUCGUUUAUUCACCUUCCAACAACAUUUUGACAAAUCUUUUUUUUUUUAGUCCACACAAUGAAUGUCAGUGGGUACCAAGACUGUUUGGUCUAUUAUUUUUUGCUACUAUGAUUUGCUUUUUUAAGUUUUCAUUUUUGGCAUAACUAUCCCUUUAAAGUUAACAAUUUCAUAGCCUUACAGUAUCAGAACCUCCUUUGGGAUAUUUCUAGUACAUCUGUUGUCUUUCACUUCUUGAUAAGUGAGAAUUAUUGCUAAAGAUCAUUCAAGCACAUUAUUUGACUUACGAGCAGCAGCAGCCUUAUCAACACAAUUUCUUGUGCAAACACCGUUAUGUAAUACAAGCUUUGCGAAAUCAAGAGAUGUGUAUUGAAAAACUGAUGACUCUUGCUACUUCUGGGCCACCGGAAGAUAUGGCCAAUAAUUACUGCUGUAAAAUGAUCAACCUUUUCAUUACUGUAUUGAUUAUAGUCUUAUGAAUGUUUCUGCUCAUGUUUCUGGUCGAUGCCAUGAGAAAAAGGUGUACACUUACUACAUUUUGAACGUGAAACAUACAGACGUCUUUACUCCCAAGGUUCUCGCUGCACUUAUUUUUCCUCACUAAAUUUCUAAACUUCACUAUAUAUUAAAAAAAAAUGUAGUUUUUUAUAAAAAAAUGAGGUUUUUGCCAAUGCUGAAAUAAGGUUGUGUGCAGCGAGCAGUUCAUUUUAGCAUCUCAGGGUUGCCAGUGAAGAUAAGCUUGACCCAUACAACUGAAUAUUAAACAUCAAGGGACUUUUACCAUCUUGACUGGAAUAUUUGGAGACUUUAGCUGGAAAAGACAUUGUAAAAGUAUUAUAUUAUGUAUUUAUAGUGUAUUUUUGAGGAUAAAAAAAUAACUGGACUUAGAUUUGAACUUUAGCUUUAACUAGAAUGAGCGUAAUUGAAUAUGUAGAAAUAUCCUAUGAUUCCUUCAUUGCACUGUUACAGUUCACUUGCUGUUCAUGAAAAAACAUCAAUAAACACACUACCCGAAAGCAGA